CCUUCUCCCUCUCAAACCCAGGAAUGGAAGAAACAAUGAGAUGCGCCACUAGCAGCUUGAGAACUGAUGCGCCAAGAACCCUAAUUUGUUAGGGGGUUUCUGGCCAGAGGGAGAAAAGGCUCGUUGGUUAAAUUUUGUACGGGUUAUCCGCGAGUCAGCGAGCUGUAGAGCGCGCCAGAUUUUACGGGUUCGACGCGAAAUCCCCGAGCUCGCUUGGUCGAUCUUAGCGCCUGAACCGGUUUUUCCGGCGGUAGCUCUUGUGGCUUUCCUCUGACCGCGAUCCACGCAGAGAGAUGCUUGGCUGAUUUGAACUUUCUCUUUCUCAUCAGCGGGGUUUUCUUUGGUUCUAAAGGUGCCGCUCUUGAUUCAACUGAAAAAGGAACUUUUGGAGAUUCAAUGGACAACAUUAUUUUUUCAGGCUCCUGCAUGAAGGAAACUAAACGUAGUGCUUCUAUCUUUAAAAGGCCUCAACAUUAAUUUCUUCGUAAGCUUAUACACAUUAGGGGAAAGUCAGUACAAAAUCAACAUGGGGGCGAAUUGUUGUGUGGCUGUAAAGGACAAACCCUUGCCUAGUCCUCUUCGUUUUGAAGUUUCAACAUAUAGGAGUUCUAGAAACUCGCCUACUUGGAGCUUUCGGUGGGAUAACCGAACACACAUAGAGGAUGCAAUGGAAAAUGCUGCCCAAUUUGCUCAACAGGAUAUUGAGAAUGCUAUGCUUGAGAUUAAGAGUGAAUCACCAAAUGAAACUGAAAUAUUUUCUGAUAGUGGCAGUCCAUCAAAUGCUUUCCAACUACAAAAGUGGCUUAAGUCUCCAGUUAGAAUUGGAACUGCUGGGAAGUCAAGAGAUGUUACUCAAGAAACUCCAUUCACUGCAAAUAAUUCAUCCCCCAAGAGAAUGGGCCAUACAUCAUCAAAAUUAGCCAUUGCUUCAGAUUCGAAGUUAAUAAACUCAGUGGCCUUAAUUCCUUUGUCAUCUGCAUCUAGAGCAGAUCUGUCAUCUUCUUUGAGUGAUUCUUUGCCGUCUAAUCCAACUUUAACAAGGAAGCUGUUCCAAUCACCCGGCCAUGAACUCUCACAGGAGAUAUCUGACAGCAGAAUAGCAUCCCUUCAAUCUGUUGAUGAGAACAGCUCUGCUGGAGCAAGGCCAUCGUUUGUGCUCUCUUCCUGCAGCAAUGACUUCUCCAUAGGUGGUUCCCAUGGUGGGUCUUCUGAUGCCUGGUCCACGCGGGCAUUCUUUGAGCUUGUGGCUUCUUCAAAUAAGGAAAGAUGGUCAGCUGACAGUGUCAACCUUACAUCAUGUAGAAGCCAACGAGCUUGCUCAAAUCCUCCGGAUACACCUCCUCAUCAGAAGAUUUGCAAAGCAUGCUCAAAGCGAUUAACAGGGCACUGUGUGGUUGCUGUUUUGGUUUGUGGUCAUCUUUAUCAUUCCGAAUGUUUGGAGAAAGUUACUAUUGAAACCAACCGAUACGACCCACCUUGCCCUGUCUGUACGCAUGGAGAAAAAUCUGCAAUAAGGCUAUUCGAGAAGGCUGGCAUGGACAUAAUCAAAUCUUGCAAGGGUAAAAUGGCAGAAACUGAUGCACUUGGAGACGCUCAGUCUGAUGAUGGGAAGGGGGCUCGAAAAAACCUCAAGAUAGGAACCAAUUCGAAGUGCAGAUCUUACAGAAGGUCUUUCUUGAAGCAGUAUUUUUCCCUUGCUAAACCAUCACAAUCAACAUCCAGAGGUGGACCUAAGAUGAAGAAAGGAUUCUGGGAAAAAUAUCGUCGCGAGUGAAGAUUCGAAUCAUCAGUAAGUUUUAGAAGCAGGUUAGGCUGUGGCAAAAUCAUUCUGAUCCCGCAUUGCCAUGCCACAUAGAAUGGAAAAAAAAGCAUCACAAAAUUAGUUUGCUGUUCACCUAGUAGAUCAAUAUGCAGAGAAACAGGUGAAGCUGGGAGAAAAUGAAGCCCUGAAUCAAGCCCCUUCAAUAAUUUCCCCCUUUCUGUGAAAUAUUUGAUUCUAGGGCACCUGGUAGUAGUAUCUCAGAAUUUAUUUUAAUUGUUGGCAAAUCUGCUGUCUAAAAUUUGGCACUCCCAGUGACUUUGGGGAGCAUAGGCUGAGUGAUUGUAUGCUAUAUACGCUCAUCUUGAUAUAGAACUUGUCUUCUGGUCGCCAAUGUUUUUAAUUUUAA